AUGAAUCAGAACGGCCAGUACUCCCAACCUGUCGCGGGCGUCGGCAAGUGGCCUAAAGACAAGGACCAACCCAUACAUGGCCCAGUUAAGGCCGCCUGCCUAAGCUGUCGCAAGAAGAAGGCCAAGUGUGACGGAGGCAAGCCCUCCUGCCUUCAAUGCCAGCAAAAACAGCUCGAAUGCAUCUACGUCAGGUCGAGGCGCGGCGGUGCGCGCAAGAAGCGCAACCCGGCUGCGCCAUCUGCCCUUUCCGAGUUCCUGAAAAAGCUGGACAGCCUCAUUGGCGUACCGCAGUAUGAUCUGAGGCACGCCGAACCGCAACCGGGUGACGACCCGUCCAACGUGGUGCGCAUGUUCACUGAUCGUGACGAGAUCUUCCGAUGCUACUACAAUGAGGUGCACCCGUUCCUCGCGGUCAUGCCGCCGCGACACUACCUCGUGGACGUGAUGCCGACGCUGCUGCCCGACUCGCCGUUCCUGUUGGCUGCGCAGACGGUCAUGACGCUCGCGCCGCACCCAAUGGACCUGGACCCGCGCUCGCCGCGCUCAAAGCGCCUGCGCUCGUCUGCGUCGGCGGCAUUGGGCCGCAAGACGAUGGAGGCAGUUCAUCGCGCAAUGGCGUUGGGGCCCGAGGGCGGCAUCGAGGCCAUUCAAGCGCUCACGAUCCUCGCAGUGUGGGAAUGGGGGAGCACAAACAACGCAAGUGCGGCCAUGGACCUCUUCCGCCAGGCCGUGCAGAUCGCCGUCUCGAUGGGGAUCCACGACAUGGACGCCGGCGGCACAGGCUUCUCUCUCGAAGGCAUCGACUGGCGCCGCGACAUGAAGCGCCGCACCUGGUGGAUCCUGUACGUUUACCAACUCACGUCGGGACUUGUGUCAGGCCUGCAGCCGCCGCUCGGCCCCGACGACCCCAGCAUCAAGGUCGACUUCCCCGUCUGCUCCGACAAGGACCGCACGUGGAGCACCUGGAUCAACUGUAUCCGCCAGUGCUUCCGCGUCGUCAACAUGAUCAAUGUGCUUGCAAUGGAUGGCGCACCGGCUGAGGGCGGUAUGAAGGGGUGGGGAUCGGCUCACGACGCGCCCGAGAUCUCGCCGGAACAGCAGGAGCUCAAGCGGCUGCAGAUGGUUGCCAUUGACCGCCAGAUCAUGGAGCUCAUGAAGCAGACGGAGAAGAUGUCCGUUGUGGAGCAGGUGCCUGGCGGCGAGGAGGACGUUGUGCGUAAUCAGCAGAUUGCGACCCGGUUUGGCCUUGCUGUCAUCCACAUCCACCAGCACCGCAUGACGGCGUUCCCUGAGGUGUCGCUGUUCUCCAAGCGCAUCUGCGGCCUGAAGGGGUCGAGUGACGACGAGGAGAGCGAGGAGGACGAGUUUGUCGGUACGGCGACGCCGCAAAGCAUUCCGCCAAGCGCGAGCUAUUCACAGACGAUGUCUACCCCGGCGCAGCAGCCGAUGAUGGACAUGCCGACGAUGCCCGGUGGCUGGCCGUUCGGGGGCCUCGACACGUUCGGCAUGGGCAACUCAAUGAUGCCCGGCCAUGGCCUCGACGGGAGCUUCAGCGACAGCGACGUGUACCAGGUCGACCAGUUGAUGGCGAGCCUCGGUACGCAGGGUCAACCGCCACAACAACAGCAGUUUAGUCAGCAAGCGUACCAGCCGCCCAUCUCGCAGCCGCAUUCGAAUGGCAACGGUACGAUGGCCAACCCGACGAGCUCGCCCGGCAACAUGAACCAGGAAAACGCUACGGCCCUCAACGGCCAGAACACCAACAUUGCCUCGCCAAGCGUCGGUGGCGUCGACUUGCAGUCGCCAAGUUAUACGCAGUCGCCUCAGAUGCCGAAUGCCAACGCGCCGGUCGCGCCGUUGAACCCCGCCCUCGCCAACAACUGGCACUAUAACCUGCAGAACGACUCGAUCGUGGACGACAUGUGGCAGCCGGAGAACUUCCCGACUUACCUCCCAACGCCCUGGUUCGCGCAGCAGGGCGGCGCUCAGUCGCUGAUCAACACGAUCAACCCCGAUGCGGACCCGACACCCUUCCCCGCUCUCGAGGGCUCGAACAACAACGCGGGCCUGCAGGACCUCACGCAGCUCAACGUGCGCGGCUCGUACCAGAGCAAUCUCCAAACCGCGGUUUUGGAGGCUGCAGCUCCCGCUCUGCCGGCAGUGGCACCGGCCGGUGUGCCGCAACAGCCCGUCGCGCCUCCGAGCGUGUCUGGCAGCAUGCUCAGUAGCAACGCGAGCAAGAAGCACAAGGCGUGGGGUGUCGACGAAAACGGCGACCUCGCUCCAACGGACGACGUCAAGGCAGCCCAAGCGCUUGAAGUGUUCCCGCCUGGCAUCAGCCUCGCCCGCUGCGCGACGGCCGCUCACACGAUUGUGCGUCUCGAAAUAUUGCACCGCAGUGCGGCGCUGGCCCUCGACGGCUCGCCCAAGUGGAUCCCCUUCUGCUCAUGUGGCCUUAUUGCGGGCGCGUACGCAUUCCUCCUCCUUGUGCUGGCAGUACAAGCCGAGAACACGUUUGGGACGUACUCUGAGGCGCGCUCUGAGGAGGUUGAGAGCCUGCUCACAAACGUCAAGAUCAUUCUCGGCGGCCUCGAGGCCUACGGCACCAUGUGGGAGGGCAUCGACAUGAUGGCGCGCGAAGUACGCGCAGCCGUCGAGGCGGCGACGCAGCUCCCUCUCGAGGUGCAGAGCCAGAUGAGUGGGCGGUCGAGCAUGAGUCCGGGGGCGUAG